GGGGUGUAUUGAUCUGGGAGAUAUAUACGCAGACACUCACAUCGCGUCCAGUCGUCAACAUGGUCUUCCUCCUAGGAGUCAACUUCCCCGAGCGGAGUCUCGUCAAGAAAUCCCUCGAAUCCUUCUUCGGCAUCGGCCACAACACCUCCUCCCGCCUCCUCGCCCGCUUCUACAUCCACCCCACCUGCAAAGUCGGCGAGCUCGCCAACAAGCAAGUCCUCGACAUCACCGCCGCCCUUUCCGACAUGAAGAUCGAAAAUGAUCUCCGGAGAUCGGUCCUCGAUAAUAUCAAGCGUCUGAAGGAGACGGGCACUUAUCGUGGGAGACGUCAUGCGCUGGGCUUGCCUGUGAGGGGGCAGAGGACGAGAAGCCAGAUCCAAAACGCGGUCAAGCUCAACCGUAUCGACAGGAAACUUUGAGUUGUCAGUCUGUCUGGUGCUGGCAUUGUUCCCUCCUAUGGUUGACCUUUAUGAGGGCGUGGAAUGGCGUUGAUCUUAUAUCUCCCUGUACUUAUGUUUUGGUUUCUUUUAUUUCGUGGAAUGUACUAUAUGUAGAUAUUGAAACUAUCCAAUAGAUCCCACAUCUA